AUGGCGAGAGUCUCAGUUGCUGCUACUUAUCCACCGUCUUCUUCCUCGGCUUUCAAAUUGUUCCUCCCCUUUCAAGGCAAUCCCAGGAUGUCUUUCACUGGUGGUAGUUCAGCUUCUGGUAUUGUUGGCCUCCCUCGGGGAUUCGACCCUGCCGUUCUAACGUGGGAGCGUCUACCAGAGACUGGUGAAGCCUGCAUUGGGAUAGCUAUCAAUGAAGAAAACGAUACGCUUAGCGCUCCGUACGCAGGGGCGUUACGCGGAGUUUUUACUUGUCCCUUCAUGAUCUGGGUGAAGCCAAACCCGGGCGAAGAAGACUCAUUUGUGCCAUGCACGGUUAAGGACCUCGAGCACAUCAAGAGCUGGACCUUGGUUCGUGAACCUGGUGACCAGGCAUUUGGAUGGUGGAUAAAAGAUAAGCAAUACAAUAAGGGCACUGGAGUAAUCGAGAAUGUUGGCGUCGAUGUCCGCAUGCUCGUCGUGCAGCCCUUCCCCAGGGAAGACAAGCGCCACAUCGAUAGGUGGAUGCCUGGUGCAUUACACAGGCUAUUUAUUUCUGUCAUGGAGCGACAGAAAAAGAAUGAUGGGAAGUCUGUUAAGAUGCUUGCUGAAGCACGAGUGGCGCUGGCGAAAGUGGAAGCUGAGCAGACCAAACUCGUAGAAGAGAAAUUAUCGUUGGUGAAGGAGACUGUUGACGCCCUGAGCAAACCCCCAGGGCACAAUAGACGACGGCCCACCAGCUAUCUUGAGGAUAUGAUAUGCAGGCAGGGUCCAGAGGCUCAAUGA